GGAUGUGAAGCAUCCUCCGCCACAUGAUUAUAUAUCUUCAGGAAAUACUACUCGCACAGCUCCUCCAUUUUUAGGUGUCUGCUGCGUACGGUCAUUUCAGGCCCUUUUCCUCCCUUCUUCUCUCUGUCCACCAUCGUGGCAGCCGUCGUCCGAUCUGUGUGUACGAUUGCUACCGGCGUCUCCCUCUGCUUUCGAACCAACUCUUGAUUUAAUCCGAGGACAAAAAGAACACACAUGUCAUGAAUCUGUGAAGGUUAAACAACAUUGGAAGCCUGUAAAACCUUAAAACUCCAUCUCAUCAUGUCGGAGAGCAUUGCACAAUCAUAUCAAGAGUGUGAUGAGAGAACUGGGCAAUCUAUGUAUCCAAUUCAAUCUGUGUGGGUAACACGAUGGGUUGGAACAAGUCAAAAUGCAACUCCACAAGCCAGCAAUAUUCCCAAUUAUGCUUUCGAGAGCAAUAAGAAAAGGGAUGAAGUUGAAUUGGGGAGUGCUGGAGAUGUAAGAAAAUUUGGAACUCAAACGCAUGAAGUGGUUAAUGAGAGUUUGAGAAGUGUUUCUGGAAACAUAAGAGUAGAAACCUCUACUCAUACCUCCACCACUAUGUCAAUUCCCUGCAGAAAUGGGUUAUCCUUACAGGGCCGUCAAGAAACUCAAGGAUGUCUCACUGCUAAGCCUCUUCAUGAUCUAAACCCUACUUCUGCAAGUGGCGUUUCAUCAGCUAAGAACUCUUGUGGUCCAGCAGCAAAUCCUACCCGACAGGUGAAACCUCAUUCGUUCUUCAGACACAGCCAUACUGUUGCAUCAGGACCUUCUGCAGGCAAUUGCAUGGAAUCAGCUUCACAUAUUGUGCCAUAUAGAUUUGGUUAUGGAAAGUUUAAAGAUGAUGCCAGCCUGAGUGAGAUGCCAUUGCUUAUGGAUAGUAGACCUUCUAAACCUAAUAUUCCAAGGAGUAAUAGUAUUAAAAUUCUUGAAGAUAAGCAUAGUAACUAUGACAGCCAGCUGGAAAGUGAAAGUCAACCACUGAAAGUCAAUGGGGACUGGUUUAAGAAGUUGCAGAAUGGGUCUCCUUUGGCAGCGCUAAAAAACAACUGCACUCCUUUAGAAGAGUCUGAACCAAACAAGGCACUAAACAACAAUUGCAUUCCGGAAAAGUUGACUCACUCAUUGCAUGAUGUGAAGACAAUGAGAAUAUGCACUACAGUGGACUCUGUUGUAGGAUUAACAGGAUGUUAUCCUAGAUUCUCUCAGACAACACACAGUUUGUUAGUCAUGAAGGAAUCUGAUGUGAAUGCCUGCAAAGAGAAUCAAACCAUCAGCACUUCUAGAACGUUUAAUGAGUUCAAUAAAAAGAUAUUCAACGAUGUUUUGUGUCAGAAACAGCAAGGUGUAAAGCUCCAACUUCUUGAAAGCUCCAAUGCCAGUGAGCUUGAAGAAGAAGGUGUCCAACCUUUAGAAGUUGAUGCAAAUAAUGAAUCAUCCGCUGACACUGAUGCCAUGGAUUUCGAUGCCUUUCCUGGAAAGUCCAAGCUCUUAGGUAUCAAUUUUGCCUCAUUAUUAAAGAAGGAGUGUGAAAAGUACCAAAACUUAUGUCGACUUACACUUAUGGAUCAAGUGGGAUCUGAUGGCAUUAAGAAGAGUAGGCUAUUACCUAAGAAUAAUAAGAACUCCUCACACCCCCCUGACAUUCAUCAGUCUGAAGCAACCUCAGCAGACCAUUUGGAUGUAAGUUCAAACACACAAAGUUUGGAUAUGGAAUCACUCGUUAGCGGUUUCAAUGACCAGCACGGUAACUCGAAACCAGACGUGUUUCAUCAAUCCAAUCUUCCAGGACAAGACUCAAGUAGCAGCUUCGCGAAGCGUGUGAAAUUGAGCAAUCUUUACGCUUUUGGUCUUGGGACAAGGAGUACAAAUGCAAAAGAAGAUUUACCUCAUGAGAAGCAGCACAACAGGUUUCGUGGUCAAACAUGCUCUGAACCGAUGGCUAGUAAAAAUAAAGGUAAAGAAUGGAUAGUUCAAGAUAAAUGUACUAGUAGGAAAGGUGGCGGUGACUCUUCUUCUUCAGCAAACAUGAGAGGAAAACUGACUUCAUACCCGUGGAUCCAGAGGUUGCUCCGUGAUAAAGGAACCACCAACGGUGUUAUUCCGGAUGUGGUGGUGGAGGGUUAUGAGGCAGGGAGUUCAGAAUUGAAAGUUGAGGAAAUUCAGAAGAGACAUUUUCCCAGCAUAGCUGCCAUGGCGUUAAUGGCGAAAGGCAUGAAGGGGUUGCACCCUUGUCAGUUUCAGAAGAAGGGCUCUUUUGUAGUUUGGAACAAUAGUGGUGGCUUAUGAAUAAAGAAAAGAACUUCCGGUUAUGGUGCACUAUUAGUGAUGGUUACUCAGCGGGCCCUUGUAUAUUCAAGAAAAACUUCACUUAUUGUCCCAUGAUUACUAGGUCAAUCCUACUUUCUGGUUUCAGGCAUUCAUUUUUCCACUUCUGGUUACUGAAUAUGGAUUUUUUUUGUCAUGGUUGGUCCUGAUGAUUCAUCCAAUCAAUUUUUCAUACAGUUUUUGAUUGAUUGCUGCUAUGUAAAUUGCUAGAAGGGGUGGAACUUGACAUGGAAUUCAUAGUCAUAUCAUUCAUCAAAAGUGGAAAAGCAAUGAAAGUUGAGGACUUAAGGUGGAUUUUCCUAAUAAAGGCGCGUAUAGGAGUUUGCAUGACCUAAUAACAUCUGGUCUUAGGAAGUAUCUUUCUUUUUCGUUUUGGCUUCUUGUAAUUGCUUGAAGGGUCCCUGAAUAUUCAAGCCACAGGGUGCAAAAGAAUCAUUAUUCUGGUUAUGCAUUUGAGCAGCAAGUGUCUUUCUGUUCAUUAUUUGUACGUAGGAAAUGUUUUUUACUGUGAUGACUUUGAAAAUGUAUCAUGUUGCAGUAAAUAUUUUUUUCUAUCGUGCUUGAGAGUGUGAUAGAAAUCAUAGAACUGAUAGAUAUUGGAUGUAGUUUUGGAAGACGUAAUUUUGUAUUACAAAACAAGUAUGAUUGCAUUACUGGUUGAUGUUACUACGGGCUACCCUAGUUCCUGUGUUUUUUUGUAAAACAAUGACGCAAUGAACAGCAACGUAAUGUGGUGGUACACUUUAAAUUAGUAACUCAACCGUAAUUCAACAUAUUAAGUUG